ACGACAAGUUUUUGAACGAAACAUCAUUCAUAUCAAAGUUGGUUUACAUACUGUGUGCCACAUGUAUGGCCCGAUUCAAGUACUAUCACGCCUGGAUUCUCGGAGAAGUCAUAUGCAAUGCCAGUGGACUCGGGUUUGCAGGCUUUGGACACGACGGCCGACCCGAUUGGGAACUCAUGUCCAACAUUGAUAUAUUUGGUUUUGAGAAUGCGCUGAACUUCAGGACGUCGUUGACGUGUUGGAACAAAACCACUCAAGUAUGGCUCCGGAGGACGGCUUACGAGCGAAACAGACGUACGCUAAAGCUAUUACUCACAUACAUCUUGUCGGCGCUGUGGCACGGCUUCUAUGCGGGAUAUUACAUGACUUUCUUGGGCGGCGCCUUCUUUACGUUGGCCGCCCGUAACGUCCGGCGCUGUGUUCGGCCGCACUUCCAGAGAGGCGGCCGUCCA